AUGGCCCCCCAAAACGUCGGUAUCAAGGCCCUCGAGGUCUACAUCCCCAGCAGCUUCGUCAACCAGGAAGAGUUGGAAAAGUUCGACGGCAUUCCCGCCGGAAAGUACACAAUUGGCUUGGGCCAGACCAACAUGGCGUUCGUCAACGACAGAGAGGACAUCUACUCGCUCUCGCUCACCGCCACCUCGCGUUUGUUGAAGAACUACAACAUCGACCCUAACUCCAUUGGUAGAUUGGAGGUCGGUACCGAGACCCUUUUGGACAAGUCCAAGUCGGUCAAGUCCGUGUUGAUGCAGUUGUUUGGCGACAACGACGACAUCGAGGGUGUGGACACCGUCAACGCUUGUUACGGUGGUACCUCUGCGGUGAUCAACGCUGUCAACUGGAUCGAGUCUUCCUCUUGGGACGGCAGAGACGCCAUUGUGGUUGCCGGUGACAUUGCCAUCUACGCCAAGGGCGCCGCCAGACCUACUGGUGGUGUUGGUUCCGUGGCCAUGCUCAUUGGUCCAGACGCUCCUAUCGUGUUUGACUCCGUGAGAGGUUCCCACAUGGAGCACGCCUACGACUUCUACAAGCCAGACUUCACCUCCGAGUACCCUGUUGUGGACGGCCACUUCUCGUUGACCUGUUACACCAAGUCUCUUGACCACGCUUACAAGAACUACAGUAAGAAGGUUGUUGGCGCCGGCAAGACCGUUGGUCUCUUGGACUACUUCGACUACUCUGCAUUCCACGUGCCAACCUGUAAGUUGGUCACCAAGUCUUUCGCUAGAUUGUUGUACAACGAUUUCGUUGCCAACCCAGAGGCUUUCAAGGAGAAGUUGGACAAGGAGACCUUUGACCAGAUCCUUGCCCUUACUUACGAGCAAUCCUUGACCGACAGAAACCUCGAAAAGGUCUUCCUUGGUCUUGCUAAGCAGGAGUCUGCCCGCAGACUCACUCCAGCUUUGAAGUUGGCCACCAACACCGGUAACAUGUACACUGCCUCCUGUUGGACCUCCUUGUCCUCUGUUUUGUACUUCAUCGGUAACGAGGAGUUGCAAGGCAAGAGAAUCUCCAUCUUCUCCUACGGUUCUGGUCUCGCCUCCACUUUGUUGUCUGUGAAGGUCGUUGGCGACAUUUCCAACAUCACCAAGGUUUUGGACUUGGAGCACAAGCUUGGCGCUGGCCGUAAGCAAAGAACUCCUCAGGAGUACGUUGAGGCCAUUGAAUUGAGAGAGAAGGCUCAUUUGCAAAAGAGCUUCCAGCCAACUGGUUCUGUUGACGAUCUCUCAUCUGGAACCUACUACUUGGUUGACAUCAACGACAAGUUCCAGAGAAAAUACGAGGUCAAGAACUAA